AUGACAACAACACUUGUUUGUUCAGCUUGCCAAAAGAAUAAUACAUGGAAUAAUAAUCAAUAUAAGCAAGGUUUAUUUUUCAAUUGUGCUUCGUGCUCAGUUCGAUUGCAGCAAAUAUUUUGUCCUCAUUGUUCCUCAUCUAAUAUUUGGUCAAAUCCUAAGACAUCAGUUGAAGGAAGAUUAAUUAAUUGCGCAAAAUGCUCAAAAUCUUUUCAAUUCAUAUGUUGUCCACAUUGUCAAGUGGUCAAUAUGUGGUCGGCAGCUAAUUACGAACAAGGUCUAGUAUACAAAUGUAUUACAUGUAAACAACCUUUUCAACAUGUUUCCUGUGCAUACUGUCAUGAGGCGAAUGUUUAUCCGACGGCAGCAUCCAUUCAAGGAAUACGACUUAAAUGUCGUUCAUGUGCAAACAUGCAUCAGUACAUUCGAUGUCCUCAUUGUCAAAAAGGUCAAGUAUGGAAAAAUUGCAAUUAUAUUGCAGGUAGUGCGGUUCCAUGUUGUUCAUGCAAACAGAAUUUUGCAUAUAUGCGUUGUCCGCACUGUGAAAAAGCCAAUUUUUGGAAAAAUCCAUUAAAUACUACACUUUCACUCAUAUGCUUUCAAUGUAAAAAAGAUAUGAAUGCUACGAUUAGUAUUUCACAUUCUUCAGAUAAAAAAGAAAUUGAUGUAACGAAAUUGUCAAAUCAGAUCCAAAGAAGUUUAACUCAAUUGGAUCUUGGUCGACCAAGAGGACGGCGCUCAUCACUUAAUCGAAAUCCUGAUGAUGGAACACCACGCCAUCAAGCUAGAGCUGUAUCUGCUCAUCCAAGAAAAGUUUCUUCUUGCUCUUAUUUCAUUGAGUGCAAAGAAUAUGUCAAAAAUCUCAAUUGGUCUAUUUCAUUCUUUAACAACAAACAUGAUCGAUGUUAUUGUCAAUCGUGUUAUUCACAUCAUCUGCCUAACACAUUACGAGUAGCAGAAGCCGACUAUGUAGUACCUCGAGGUUGGACUGGUUUUGGACUUGGAGUAGAUCCAUUUCGUGAUGAUGAUCUAUGGAAUACAUGGAUUGUUGUCUAUCAUGCUAUUCGAACUGGACAUAUUCCAGGAAAAAUUCAUAUUUAUACAUCUCCAUCAAUCCGUUAUGCAAGUCUUCAGGUUUACAGUCCAUUAAAUUCAUUUCAAUCACCAAAAACAGGUAAACAUUACAAUGUACAAAUAGUACUUCAAUGCAAACAAAAGCCUGGUACAUUCCGUGUUCAAGGUGAAACAAUCGGAUGGGGUGAUAAACGUAUCUGUAAUAUCGUUCCAAAUGAAUCUAUAGAACAUUUUACAAAUCGACGUUCAUCCGUUAUACCUUAUCGUCUACUCAUUCGUCUCAAAGAUAAAACUUGA